AAUUGUUUAUCGCUCGCCCAGGUGUCAAAGGAGCUGUGGAAUAAUGACGUUAACAGACUGGCGGCAGGGGACAUCACGCUGAAUUAUCAAGGACACGUCCCAGCCACAAAACAAGUUGACAUAUCAAGCCAAAAGCUUUUCACCAGUGUGAAUGAGAACAAACUCUCCGGGCCUACCUACCAAACAUUCAUGUCCUUGUUGGACAACUACAUCCCCGAUAAAGGAGUCAGAGAGUCCCUGACUACAGGAGAAAGGAACGAAAACACGGCCUUCCUAAAUGCUAUACUAAAUACCAAGGUGAUGACCGUGUUGCUAAGCUACCUGCAGUGCAGAGGCUUCGUCAACAACCAAGCAGAUCUUCGAUCAGUUCUGACCAAACUAUGGCUUGACUUCUACCCCCGUAGCGAAACCAGUACCGUGAACGAUACCUCUGGAUUUGAACACGUUAUGGUGGGUGAAUACAAAUCUUCCACUGAAGUCAACGGUUUCCACAGCUGGCUAUCGUUUUACCAGAAGGAGAAGGCAGGACAGCUCAAUUACUAUGGUUAUGUUUCCAAAGGAGAGACUCGUUUGAUUGCAGCCAUGUUUAGAUGGAACAAGCGAAUAAAGCCUUUAGGGAGCUUCUUCUUUGGUGUUAGCCCUGAGUUCGACAUCGCUAUCUACACUCUGUGUUACUUGACCAACCCCAACAAGAGGUGUUCAGUGGUUCUAGAUGGACACAAAGUCAACAUUCAAACUUUAAACAGCUCUGGCCACAUUGGUACGGCAUAUCCUGAAGUCCCACAGAUACAACGAUUGCGUACCAGAGCUUAG